AUGCUGGACGAGAAUUUCCACCAACUGCAGUCCAUGGAGGAGGAUGGCAUCACAGCCAAGGGCUACGUCGCCGACAUGAUCAACCUCUUUAUCAAGGACACCAAGAGGAUCCUCAACGACAUCGCCGGCAUGCUGAGCCAACCUGUGGUGGACUACGACAUGGUGGACGUCCUCGUGCGUCAGCUCAAGGGGUCCAGCUACAGUGUUGGUGCUAAGAAAGUGAACCUAUCCUGCAUGCAAUUCCGUCGGUUCAAUGAGCCAAGAAGCAAAGAAAGGUGCCUCAUGGCGUUGGCUCUUGCUUGGAGUGAGUUGUGUGAUAUGCGAAGCAAGUUUGAGGCUAUGAUGCAGAUAUACUGUUUGAUUUCUGAGCUGGAGGAGCAGAUCGCAACCUAUGGUCUUAAGUAG